UUCCGUGUUCUGACCACGUCGGAGGGCGCGCGAUGGUUACCAAUGUCCUCGGCUUUCAGCAUGAAAAUCAAAAGGAUACAGUUUUCCUCCGUGGCAUUAUAAUUUUCUCCUUUCCCACCACAGUCGGUCUGGGACCGUUGUUGCGAACGGUCGCGCGUCGCGUCUUUCCGUGCACCCAAAAACAUCACAGUGAGAUAAAUAUACCUAAAUAUAAAUAUUGUGUGAUACAGCUGUGUUUUUGUGUAUUUCUAUUGACGUUUAUUGGAUUUUCUUGUCGAUAAACAGUGAAAUGGUGACAGAGUGAUAGUGCAGUAAUCAAGAUGGCGGUCAACAGCCCCGGAGGUUAUCCACCCGUUUCCCCCAAACCACAUACUCCUAAAAGUCCUCGUCACUUCAUAUUCCCUCAGAAAAGCCCUUCCAUCACGUCCAGCACGUCUUCAUCAGGGUACUACACCCCCCAGUCUGGCUGCAGCUACGACAAGCACAACCAGCCGCCAAAGUCCCCCAUAGCCCACGGACACAGAAGCCCGAUGUCUCCAAGGCACUUCAACUUCCCCCAAAAGUCCCCAUCAGGGCGAUCCAGUCCGUGCAUCGAGCGAGCCAGCUUGCACUACUCCACAUCUCUAAAGCAUAGUCGCCGAGAGAAGUCCAGGUCGCCGAAACCGCCCCCCGUGCACAUUCACACGAACCCUGGUUAUGUGUCCCCCAACCGAACCAGGAAACUAUACGGUUCUACUUCCACAGUGAGCUCGCCGCGGCUUGUGACGUCACCGAGCAUAGUCUCCAGCCACACUGAUGAUUCUACCGACGCCAUGCCGGGGACACCGUCUGCCAUCCUCCAUGAUGCAGACGAUGAGGCUACCUCAAUAUCUUCGAAGAUAUGUCGCAAGUCGACCUCGGAUUUGACGGACAUGACAGAUGAUACCCCUUGUACGCGGUCAACCAGCAUCAGUAGACCAUGUUCUCCGAUGCGCAGAGGGUCAAUGAAGGGCGGUUUGGCGUACUUGGCGAGUAGACGAGGGUCUCGUGAGUCUACCAUGUCAAACUGUGACUCUGUGGAAGACAUCGGGCCGCUAAACUUCCAGAACACGAUGAGAGGUCGUCAGCGGAGGACGUCAAACUUUUUGGAGUUGCCUGUGGUGGAGCACUCCCGUCCCCGCGUGUGCUCACUCCCGGAGAAGCCGUACAACCCUCGGGUGUCAGACGACCUGUACCGGCUGCGGACCUUCAGCAUCACCACCAAGGGCGGCGUGGUCAACUGCGGAGACUCCAUCUGUAACCGCAGGAGUCGCUCUAAUACUUCUGUUAAUUCUACUAACAGCAGAGCUUCAGAUCGGUCACCGUUCGACGGUUCUUGCUGCUCAGGGUACCGGCCGGUGGACUCCGCCAGUCUCGACACUCCUGAUGAAGAUGAAAUGGAUCCUAUACCAAAGUACAGGGUGGUUUUGCUUGGUGACGCCGGCGUCGGGAAGACAGCCCUAGUGUCACAAUUUAUGACGUCAGAAUACAUGAAUACAUACGACGCAAGUUUAGAUGACGAGUUUGGUGAGAAGUCAGUAUCGGUGUUACUGGACGGCGAGGAGUCAGAAAUGAUAUUCAUAGACCAUCCCAGCACUGAGAUGUCGGUCGAGAACUGCCUCUCAACAUACGAGCCACACGCCUGCGUGGUGGUAUACUCCGUAGUAGCCAAGAGCUCGUUCAUCCGCUCAGCAGAACUGCUGGCGUACCUCGCCAGGGAGCAGUUCACGGUGGAAAGGACUGUGGUGCUGGUGGGGAAUAAGGCUGACCUGGCUCGAGCUAGGCAGGUGUCUACUAAUGAGGGGAAAGGACUGGCCACAUCAAGAGACUGCAAGUUCAUAGAGACAUCAUCAGGGAUCCAGCACAAUGUGGAUGAGCUGCUGGUGGGCAUCCUCAAGCAGAUCAGACUGAAGGAGAGCAGAGACAAGAAACAUGCCAAGAAAGUUGGGAAGCAGGAAGCAAAGCAGCCUAAACUAGCGAGUUCCCGUACACAUAUAUCGCUAAGCAUCGCAAGAGAGCUACUGCAGAAGAUCUGUAUUAACGACAUUUCCAAAUCAAAGUCGUGUGAGAAUUUACACGUCCUCUAAGCUUCUGGUCUCCUGGUACUUUUAAUGAUAUCUGUAGAGUUUUCUUACUGUUAAUGUAUAGGAUUUUCCUUGUUUCGUUAAUGUUUAGAUUUUCUUUUAAUCGGUGUUUGACUUGUUAUAAGAUUAAGACAUUUUUGUCAAGUAUACGAUAAGUGCUAUUAGUAUUGACUGUCUGCUUUCUAGAUUUUUUAUAAUGCCUUUCUUAGAAGUUUCUUUGACGAAAAUUGUGUACCUAAAUAAUCUUUAUUUCUUUACAACGCGAAUUUGUUUGGCAUCGUCUCUAUUCAAUUUUAAUAAUCCAGAAUCUUUGUUCAUUAUAAUUACAUUUAACUUUCGCAAAUUCUUUAUUGUUCCAAGAAAAUAGCUGUUUUUUUCCUCAAUCGUUUACGUCAAAAGUAUAUCACGGGGAAUAAUUUAUGAAUAAAAAUAUAACAGUAAAAAUAUUCUUCCCUUUUCAUAAAGUACCGAACGCUGUUGAAAAGAGCGUUGAUUUUCGCCAAAAAAAUAUUAUAUUCUCGUUAAGAGUAUCCGCACACUAUAGACUAAAGAGUCGGCCGACGGUUAACCUUUUUUUGUAAAGGAAAUCUUGGUUCCAAUCAAAGUUUUCAGUCGGUCUGACACCGGCUAAAUACCUGAUCUUUGUAAUGUGUGUACUACCAUUUAUCUUCAUACUGAUUUAUGAGCCCAAACAAACCAUCGGCCGACUAAAAGUUUACAGUGUGUGGAGCUUUAAGUGAGAAAAUCUUUGGUUCAGAGAUCGAUAUGUGGGUUGGUAAUAACAAUUGCCUGUAAUAUCGAGUUCGGCCAUUCAUAUUCUUACAAGAUAUUCGAGAAACUCGUACAAAUCAGCAUUCGGAUUUAUUGUAUUCCAUCCAUUAAUGCUUGUAACAAGAUUUCGUCAUUAUUUCGGAACUUGAUAUAUUCUUGCUCGCCUUUCUCUGUCCGAGAUUAUAAUGCUAUUAUUUUCUUUAUUCUAUUUGUUUCUUUUUUCAUUUUUCAGUCCGCAUUUAAUGAUAAAGUUGAUUAAAAUUGAUUCUUUUUUCGU